CGCCGGCGAGUCCAGAUGGCGUCGCCCGCCGCGGUGGCGCGGCUGCGGGAGCUGGCGCCGGCGCCCGGGGCGGAGCUCUCUGCCGCCGGCGCUGCCGCUCUCGCCGAGUGCUGCACGGGCCUCCUCCGCCCCGGCGGCGGGGACGCCGAGGCCGCGCACGCGGCGCUCGAGGCGCUUUGCGCCGCCGGCGGAGGGGACGCGAUGCGGCGCCACGCCGACGGGCUCGCGCCGCUGGUCGUGGGGCGUCUCGGGGACGGCGACGUGGCCGUGCGGGAGGCCGCCAGGAGGUUCCUCGUGCUGCUCAUGGAGAUGAAGGAGACAAAUGCAAUAAAGGAAAAUACAGAGCCAAAUUCUUUCUUGCCAGAUAAUCAACAUGAUCACUGUAUGACAAUCGAAAAAGAAUCUUCUGAUGCCAGUCAAGUAAGAAAAAGUUCCAAAGAAAAGAUCAGCAUAAGAGACGUCUCACUUCUUGCAGGAGAAGGAGACACUACAAAGAUACCAGUUGAACCUAUAAAGGUUUUCUCUGAGAAGGACCUACUAAGGGAAAUAGAAAAAGUAGUAUCUACUUUACAGGCAGAUAAUGAGUGGUCAAUCCGGAUAAGUGCAAUGCAAAGAGUGGAAGGCUUAGUGCUUGGAGGUGCUGCAGACUAUUCAGCCUUCCCCAUGCUCCUAAAGCAACUCGUGACCCCUCUAAUAACUCAGCUUCUGGAUAGGAGAUCGAGCGUUGUAAAACAGGCAUGCCAUUUGCUAAAUUUCCUAUCGAAAGAGCUACUACGUGACUUUGAACCAUGCGCGGAGCUGCUUAUUCCGGUCCUUCUCAAGAAUGUCGUAAUCACCAUUCUUGUAAUUGCUGAGUCAGCUGAUAACUGUAUAAAAGAGAUGCUACGGAACUGCAAGGUAGCUCGUAUAUUACCAAGGAUAAUUGAAUUUGCAAAGAAUGAUAGAAGUGCGGUUCUUCGUGCCAGGUGUUGCGAAUAUGCAAUACUGAUGCUAGAGUACUGGGUUGAUACUCCUGAAAUACAGAGAUCAGCUGAUCUGUACGAAGACCUUAUAAAGUGUUGUAUAGCAGAUGCAACUAGUGAGGUUCGGUCAAGUGCUAGAGCAUGCUACAGGAUGUUCUCAAGGACUUGGCCUGAGCGUUCACAUCAGCUGUUCUCAUCAUUUGAACCAUCCAGGCAAAAAUUAAUAAAUGAUGAAGAUGCUGAGACACAUCAAAGGCAUCUUCCUUCAGAUGAAAGAGUUAAAUUAAGGCAACCCCAGCCUAGUUCUUGUAUUCCGGCUGUAAUGGACAAAGUUGUUAAGGUCGAUUCUGGGACAUCAUUUUCUUCUGUAGACCUGCAACCAUUACAGAAACCAUACCUCCAGUAUGAUGAUACGACCUCAAAAGGCCCAACUGAAGGCAGUAAAGAUGACACUUCAGCUAUUGGAAGUUCGUUUGAAGAUAGGAGCACCCUGGGAAAGGAAGGAAAUACAGCCACAGAUACUGACAAUUGUGAUUCAGACAACAGUGCAGGUGUCAAUUCAUCGUGUUGUGACCCGCCAUCUGCCACUCCCCUUGUAACAGAACCACCUUCAGAAAUGUCAUUGCCUGAUGCAAUUGUUGUCACAAUUGUUCAAGACAAGGCUGAAUGCAGGCCAAAUAUUGAACAUAUAAGUUCUCAGCAACUUCGAGCACCAGAGGAUCCUUCUGAGUUGACUAGCCUGCCACCUACCAUUGAUUUGAAAGGAUCGGGUAACUUGCUAAUGCAAAGUCCUGUUAAAGUAAGCUCUGGUGCCUGCUCAGGUGGAAAACAAGGCCCUCAGCUGGUGGGAAAGCAUUGUUUUAGCACCCCUAAUAAGAGUGCUGUUUCUAAGGAGCCACGUAAUAGUUACACUCCUAACUUCCGGCGACCUCUCUUGAGUAAGCAGAUGACAAAUUGGUUCUACGCCAGUACCAGAAGUGAUUUAGAUGAGAAGAAACUCAUUUUGGGUGAAAUGAUCAGUAACAUGGAUGUGCCCUCAUCUCUCACAGAGGCACUUUCUUUAGGACUUAACCCAAGGUCAGAUUGGAUGAUGAGGGUAUAUGCAUUCAAUUUCUUAAGACAGUGUUUGCUAGAACGUGGGCCAAAAGGCAUUCAGGAAGUUGCACAAAAUUUUGAGAAAGUUAUGAGGCUUGUUUGUCGAUACUUGUAUGAUCCCCAUCACAAAGUGGCACAGGCUGGUCUCUCAUCAUUAGCUGAGAUCAUGCCAGCUUUCAAGAAGCCUUUUGAACAUUAUCUCGACAAGACAUUGCCUCAUAUUUUCUCUCGGUUAAAUGAUCCGAAGGAAUUAAUCAAGCGACAAUGCUCAGCAAUUUUGACACUGGCAAGUGAAAUUUAUUCCAUUGAUUCUCUCUUACCCGCCUUACUUCGUUCACUAGAUGAGCAGAAAUCUCCCAAGUCAAAAAUGGCAGUUCUCGAGUUUGCAAAUGCCUCUUUUGUAAAAUGCACAGUCAAUUCCGAAAGCUAUUCUAGCAGCAGUUUCCUUAAGCCAUGGCUUGGAAAGCUUGCCCUUUUGUUUAAGGAUAAAAACAACAAACUGAAGGAGGUUGCAGUGGUUGGUUUCUCAUCAAUUUAUUCUCAUUAUGAUCCUGCAUUGAUGUUAAGCUUUUUGGUUAGCUUGUCAAUGGAAGAACAAAAGCGACUAAGAUGGGCAGUGAAGCAGUUAAUCCCUACGAUCGAAAGUGACUUAGAAGAGUUCUUGCAGCAAAGGAGACAUAAGCAAAAGGCGCCAUCUUUCGAUCCCUUUACUGCUAAAUCACCGCUGCAUCCUGCAUAUCAAUCUGCUAAAUCACCGCUGCAUCCUUCAUAUCAAUCUGCUAAAUCACCGCUGCAUCCUUCGUAUCAAUCUGCUAAAUCACCGCUGCAUCCUGCAUAUCAAUCUAAUUCUGUUAAGGCUGAUGAUCUGUUCAGUUCUGCACUCCAGUGUCUCCCAAAUAUAUUUUUGGAAUCUGAAUCGACUACCGAAUCUUAUGGUCACAAAGCUGAAAUGAUGGACAAGAAGUCUAGUACCAUGAGGUCAAGUAAUGGUCUCCCAAGAAGAUCUGACUGUAGUGUGAUAUCAGAUAACACAGGUCAGAGUGCAGGCAGGGACGCUAGGAAUAUGAAAAAGAACAACUGCCAGGAUCAUGAGGGGUCAGUCAGUCAUUUGGAAGAAGUUUCUGAGACGAAUGAGCACUGUGCGUCCACCAAGAAUUUACACCAGAUGUCCUCUUCCCUUCUUGAGAUGCUUGAUGAUCCAGAUGAGCCCACCAGAGAGCUUGCGCUUUCUCUAUUGGUUGAAAUUCUUGAAAAACAAAGAAAGGCAAUGGAGAACUGUAUUGAGACUCUCAUAGUUAAAUUGCUGCAUGCAACCAAAGACGCUGCCUUGAAGGUUGUAAACCAGGCCCAUAUCUGCUUGACAACCGUGGUUACUCAAUUUGAUCCACUGAGAUGCCUUGGGGCAAUUGCUUCUCAGUUGGCCUGCCAGGAUGAGAAAAUUCUUAUUAUCAGCAUUAAUAGUUUGAGCAAGCUUGUAAUUCGAUUGUCACAGGAAAACCUCAUGGCUCAUUUGUCAACAUUUCUUCCUGCACUUCUGGAUGCUUUCGAAAACCAUAGCCCAUAUGUCCGCAAGGCUGUCAUGGUUUGCCUGGUGGACACAUACCUCAAGCUCGGGCCAGCGUUCUUGCCGUAUCUGGAGGGCCUGGACAGCGCGCAGCUGCAGCUCGUAACCACCUACGCCAACAGGCUGUCCCAGGCGAGAUUCAUUGCAGUGGACGGCUGAUGCAGGCAGGCAGGCAGGCAGAGGUCGAAGUUUCAAGGCAACGGCAGCGUACUCAUCCUCUCUUUAUGCCCAUGGGUGCGCCAGAAGGGCGCUCUCCUUCACUCCCAAUUUAUGAGGAUAGAUUUUGGGAAUUACUACCUGUAUCCACAAAUAUGUAGGCAGUGCAGAGUACUACGAGGUACAUAGUAAUGUUGGCGUUUCGUUUUUCCUCCCCCAUCCCUGUUGUAAUUUGAAAGUGAAAUAAAUGGUGGGCAAUUGUCCCUGGUCUGUGAAAUGAAAUUUCCAACUUGUCCAGUUGCUCCUUUGCCCGUACC